AUCUGUUCUUACGAGUCACGUGAUCUUACAAAAUGGCAGCCUGCGUAAAACAAAUUUCGUCUGCUACUGUUAUAUCCGUCCUAAAAUAUGAAGAUCUCAUUCCCGAAAUGGAAAAAGCCAUGUCUAAAGUGUCCACAAUGGAAGAAUCUGGUGUAGACCAACCUGUUAGGACAAUUGUCAAGAUUAAACCAGCUGAUGGUUAUUUGGGUGUUAUGCCUGUGUAUAGCCAAUAUGAUAAUCUUUUGGCAGCUAAACUUCUCUGUUUUUAUCCACAUAAUUCAUUACAACAAGAACCAUCACAUUAUGCCAUUGUUAUGGUAUUUGAUGCAAAAAAUGGAGCACCAAAAGCUAUGGUGGAUGGUGAUAUUAUAACAGAAAUGAGAACAGCAGCAGUCUCAGCUGUAGCUGCUAAAUACCUUUCACCUGCAGAUCCACAAGUUUUAGCCAUUCUUGGUUCUGGUGUCCAGGCUAGAUCUCACUGUAUUGCCAUGAGGAAAAUAUAUCCAUUCAAAGAGGUAAGAAUAUGGAGUAGAAAUUUUGCCAAUGCAGAAAAACUAGCUAAAGAAAUGAAUGGUAUAGCAUUUAAAACAGCAGAAGAGGCUGUGUCUGGAGCAGAUGUUAUUAAUACAGUCACAUCAUCACCUAUACCUGUUAUUAAACUAGAAUGGGUUAAACCUAGUGCACAUAUUAAUGCUGUAGGAGCCUGUAGAUAUGAUUGGAAUGAAAUAGAUCCAGCUAUAAUGCAGGCAGCCGUAGUAUAUGUGGAUAGUAAAGAUGCUGCUGUUAAAGAGAGUGGAGAUAUUAUUAUUAGCAAGGCUGAGAUCUAUGGAGAAUUAGGAGAAAUGAUAUUAGGGGUAAAACAAGCUAAAAGAGAUCAACUCACAGUUUUUAAAUCAUUAGGUUUAGCAAUACAAGAUGCUGUAGCAGCUAAACUGGUUUUAGAAAAAACUGAAUAAACAAUUUGGUCAAAUCAGGAUAAAUUUACCCAAUAUUAUAUAUGUUAUAAAAUUAAAUAAAAUGUGAUAGACAUAUUAUUAUAAAUGCAAUAAUUUGUGACAAAUGAAAACUUUUAUAUUAGAAAAAAUAAUGAAAUGGGACACAUAGUAUUUGUAAACAAUUAAUUUGUUAUGUAUGCCAGUUGAAAGUUAUCUCACUUUAUAAAGUACUAUCCAGUACAGGAUGAAGAAUACCAUCCUAUCAAUAUACUGGCAUUAUAUUUUUCACAUCACACCAUUUUUGACAUAAUUCUAUGUAAAACUGCAUUGUAAACAUAACAAAAUAUCUGAAGGACUACAUGUAGUGGAUGUGCUAGUUAAAAAAUAUUUGAUGGGUGAGGAGGUGUCAAAAUGCCACAAGAUAUUACAUGGACUUUAAAGUUUAAACAGUCCUCUUUAUGAAUUAUUAAAUGAUGACUAAUCAUGCAAUAUUUAUAUAUGAAUUUCUAUAUAUAUAUAUAUUAUACACACCUUUAUUACUGUAUAUAAAGUAUCUUUGGAUGGGAUUUGGGGAUUGUUUUAAUUUAAAGAUGUAUUGAAAUAAGAUAUAGGUAACUUUUUUACAAGUUCCUGUAUAAUUGUUUUCAUCAUAUUAUUUAAAAUGAGUGAACUGGGUUUAUCUAUCUAUACUAAUAUUUGUGACUAACGUUUGUCUGUCUGUCUGUCUGUUCGGGGUUGGCGGCUACACUAGGUCUGCCCCGAGUCUGAAAUUUGGGGUUAUGACCCCCGAGCGAAGCCGGGCAUUCUUCUAGUUUUAUAUAAAAUUACAAUUUGGAGUACAUUUUCGUUUUUGUCACAAUCUUAUCCUAUGCAAUGAUUAUUAUGUAAUUCAUCAGAAAAUAAAAACAAUAAAUAAAUA